AUUCUGGGGAUUCAUGCAAGGGAGUGUUCUUCUUGUUGUCGAGGCUAUUGAAAGCACAGAAACAAGUUUGGACGGUAAAGGCAAGCUCAUUUGUGAUGUUAAAAAAAUGCUUUCUCAUUAUGAUAGCUGGGCUGUUAGCCUAGCCUGUUAAACAUGUAAAGGAGAGAAGCAAAUGUUGUUGCUCAUGCAUCAUCUAUCUCCGAUGUCAUCAUUGACAUAGAGGAAGAAGUUCCAUUUUGUAUUCAAUCUCUUUUAUACAGUUUUUUACUUUUUUAUCAAUGAAAGAUUUUCUUCCCCUCAAACAAAAAAAAAAAAGUGGCGGGAGAUCUCUACAGAGAAAGAUAGAAUAUUAAAUAGGGCAGGAUAAUUUAGACAAAUAUAAAGCCUACCACCUUUUUAAAAAAAAUUUGCCGGCUAAAAUGGCAACGGCUACUCUGGUAAGGCGAAUGGGCACAGCCGUAAAGCAAGCAGCCAAGAAAGGGCCAAGUGGUGGAGGAUGGUACGACCCUCACAUGGCCGCGGCCUCUCGUGCUAUCGCUGAACGGAUUCCACUUGUUGAUCUUGUUCUUGAAGUCAGAGAUGCCAGGAUUCCAUUAUCAUCAGAAUAUGAGCAAUUGAGAGACUACACAUCUUCAUCAAGGAGGAUCGUAGUGAUGAACAAGAUGGACCUUGCAAAUCGGUCUCAAAUUAAGGAGUGGAUGGGGUACUUCGGGCAACAAAACUGCAUUUCUUAUGCAGUCAAUUCACAUAAUAAACAGAAUAUAAAGGAGUUCUUAAAUUUUUUACAAGCCCGGGUCAGAGAAUUAAAGAAAACAAAUCCUUAUAGUUAUACCACGACAAUAAUGCUUGUUGGGAUUCCAAAUGUUGGUAAGUCGGCCCUUGCCAACGCUUUACAUCAAAUUGGGAGGAUUAGUGCCGCAGAGAAAGGAAAGUUGAAGCAUGCGAUAGUGAGUCCACAUCCAGGCGAGACGAAAGAUAUCAGCAGCUUGAAGAUUGGUAGCCAUCCCAAUGUUUAUGUGUUGGACACCCCAAGUGUUUUGCCUCCUGAAAUUCUGGACGAUGAGGUUUGCUCCAAGUUAGCUUUAACAGGAUCAAUCAGAGAUUGCUUAGUGGGAGAAAGGGAAAUUGCUCAAUAUUUUCUGGCUAUUCUCAACUUAAGUGAUGAAUACAAGAAAUGGGAAAAGUUGACUGUGAAUAAAGAUGACAGAACAUUCUUAGACCCCAAAGCAGAGUGUUUAAGCAGCCCUCAGUUGGGUAAGAAACAGAAAAGGCAGUACCCCACAGAUCACACACAGGAUUUCAUCGUGCAUGAUGUUCGUCGAACUCUCUUUGAGUCAAUUUCAUCUUUCCAUGGUAAUAUGGAAGAUGAAAAGAAUCUUUCAAGGCUUAUUGAGACCCAGUUCACUUCAUUGCUUGAAGCUUUUCGAAUUCCCACGGAAGUUGGUGAAGAAGCUCAAAACAAAGUUGCAGCCAAGUUACUGGAUCUAUAUCGUACUGGGCGCCUAGGACAUUAUACUUUAGAUGCCAUUCCCCGGCACACCCAAUGGCCCUUUUAGGAGUCAUCUAUUCAUUGCCUUGAAUGUUUAUAUUAUUGGACUUUUGGUUUUUUAUUUUUGAUUUGAAACAAUCUCAAGCUGUCGGUCAUAUUAUAUCUUCUCAUAGAAGUACUGUCCACAAUAAACAAAGCCAUAGCAGACACCACACGUCUGCCAGUGUGUUUGUCAUCGGAUGUUUUGCAUUACGUGCUACAACAACAGUACCUGAGAUUCUUAAGAUCUUCA